AUGAGAGGUUACACGCCCGGCCACAACAGUGUUCACCGUCUAAUUGGGGAUUGUAACGAGACUGUUCAGAGCGUAACACGGGACACGAGAAGGGACAGUGUCUACAGUCGACCAACCAUACCUCGUGAGAAGACAACACUGUCGGAUCUCCCAUCACCAGACUUGGUGGACCGUCUCAUCAAGGCCUACUUCAACAGAUUUCACACCUUUUGUCCGAUCCUUGGCAAAAAGUAUUUCCUCGCGUCUCUCGAGGAUAGGACAAUAUCCGCGACCUUACUCCGAAGUGUCCUCUUUGUGGCAUCAUUGCAUUGUGAUCGCGAAGUAUUGCAUCUCAUGGGUUACAGCACUCGAUGGGAUGCCAACAAUGCUCUGUACAACAAGGCCAGCGCAGCGUUUGAUGCUGAUCGAGAAUCGAGUCGUACACAUAUGAUCCUGUCGUCUUACCUGCUUCACUACUGGUUUGGAAGUCCGACAGCUUAUCACGAUUGCCACUGGUGGCUCGCUGCUGCGAUACGAUCUGCGCAGUGUACAGGAUAUCAUAGGAGCACAAGGAAUAGCAAGAUGGCGCCAGAGGAGAGGUCGCGGUGGAAGCGCAUCUGGUGGUGUCUUUAUGUCCUUGAUCGUCAGAUUGCCAUCUCCACCGGGACACCAAUGGUUAUCAACGAUGAAGAUCACGAUGUCGAAGAACUUUCUGAAGAAGACUUCACUGAAGAAGGCCCGGAGACGGUACAAUACAUCGUAUCACAGGUCAAGUUGAGUAAAGCCAUGGCCCGGCUGUACUUCUCCUAUUGCUCGCCAUCUCGCCUUUCGCUGUGCAAGGAAGUUCAUUUGCUACAUGAAGCCAUGAGAGAUAUCCAGUCAACACUGCAAGCUUGGCAGUGCAAUGGCCUUAAGGAGGUCAAGCCCGUCCUUGACGCGGCAGCACAUAUAUUCAGCCUGGUCGAGAACUCAUUGCUGUUCUGGACACCGGAGCACUUUCCCAUGAUAUAUGUCUCUGCUCUCUUCUCUGCGAUGAUGGCUCUUGCAGUUGAUGUCAAAACAUCAGCGCCCCAAAGUGACCAGAUCUUCGUCAAGAUCCGGCCCGGAUUACUGGCUCUCAAGCAGUUUGAAUCAGUCUACAUCUUGGCGCGAUGGAUCAAGAACUUCUUCAUGGAUAUCCUGAAUCGCCCACCCGCGGAAGAAUCACAGACACAGCCCACGAACUCAAAUGGAGACGACGUAGAAGGCGAGGGAAUAAGUACUGAGAUGAGAAAUACCAGCGCGAAUCAGGUCCUCGAAAUCGAUGUCCAGAGGAACACUGCACCAGCUGACCAAGCCGCACAUGACGCGACAGGCUUUGAAGACCACAACUUCGCAUUUGACCAAAGCUCGGGAUUUGAGGGAGGCGGGUUUUGGCCUACAUACCUGGCAAACGGCGUCUUUUCAGGCGUCCAGUCGAGUAAUGGCAUGGAGUUUCCGCACCCGGACUCGUUCCAGUAUCAAGCCAUGUACUUUCUGGCCGAUCUGGGAAUAGCAAACACUGAGCCUAUAGAAUAA